ACCUGGAAAGAUUUGUUCAGCUAGAAGUUACAAGUACAUAUUUUAUGCUGUCAUAGCGAUAGGACGCACAAAAUUCAUACUUCGUUCAACACAUUAACGCCGCUUGUUCGGUCGUUGGACACAUUUGCUCUAAAAACAACGAUAACGUUAACUAGCUAGCCACCUGUUGAUGCAGCGAGCAUCUUUGUUUACAUUUUUACGAGGCUAGCUGUGCUAGCUAGUUUGCUAUUCUCUGCUGUAGUCACAGAUGUUUGAGUUUUGAGUUAGAUGAUUAAGUUGUCGGUUUUCUCUACCUUUCCAACGAGUCACUCAAGUUGGAAAUGUUGCAGGAGCACCUGAAAGCUAACCUCAGCAGGUCAAGUUGAUUAGCUGGGGGUUCGGCAUGCAGUCAUCGUUAGUCCAAUGUUUGAGAACGGGGAGAUAUUAACCCAAGAUUUGGUCAGUCUGAGGAAUCUGCUUAGACUGACGGAGCACAGCCUGCAAAGUGUGGGAGAGAAACUGAGCCCCUUGUACAGUCAGUCAGAGGGUCAUGAGGAUGAGUAUGUGCAGCAGAGUCUUGAUCGCCUGAUCUUACAAGACCUGCAGACACCUGAUGUUCCUCUGUCCCAGUCAGGCUGUGUUUGCCAGGAGAGGCCUCUCAGUGGGACGGCUGAGAGACGUGCCGUUGCUGGCAGUCUCAGCCCACCUUACUCCAACUCCAGGUCUGCUUCAGUCAAACUCAGGUCAGUAGACAUGGAGUCCGUUUAUUUGAGGAAGAAAGUGGGCUACGUACGUCAGGAGAACGCCUGCCUGACUGUGCAGGAUGAGCAGCUCAUCAAAGACUUCGAUGCUAUGCAGUAUGAUCCGGCCACCUCCAAGUCUCAGCUCCACGUAAGAGGCCCCAGGGUUGGGGUUAAAAACAAUGUGGCAUUCAUGAGUGAGCGGAUUCGUCAGCUGGAAGCUGAGCUGGAGGCUCAAGGCAAAGAACUAAAGGCAGCAGAGCUUCGGGCUGAGUGUAGCCAGGAGGCAGCAGCCCACAGCGACAUUGUGGUGGCGACUCUCACCGAAGAGCUGAGUGUGCUCAGAGAAGAACUGGACAACAAGAUAGCACUAGGAAAAAGGGCUGAGCAACAAAGGAACCAAGCACUUGAAAAUGCAGAGAAACUCAAGGAAGCUUUCAGAGAUUACAAGGCCACAAUUUCCAUGAAGCUUAAGAGGGUGAUGGAGAGUGAGAGCAAACUAAAAGAGAGUCUUAUUGAGUGUGACAGAGAAAAAGAAAACCUGGAGAUGAAGUGUAGUGUGUUGCAGAGAGAAAAGGCAGAGCAGAGCCAAACAAUCAGCCAGCUGAAGGAGGAGAUGAGGCAGGCCAAGUGUUCGGCUGCUGAGCACUCAGACCUCCAGGGUAAGUUGGAGGAGGCCAGACAACGUUCUUCACUUCUGGAGCGGCAGCUUGUGGAGCAGGGAGCAGAGUGCAGAGAGUUGGCCUCUCUGCGCAGGGAGCUGGAAGACCUGCGGACUCUGACCCAGAGCCAGGAGCAGAGGGUGGCCCAGAGCCACAGAGAGGCUCAGCAGAGCCAGGAAGAGCUGUCCAGCCUGGAGGCCAUACUGGCCCUGCUGCAUCUACGAGAGGGUGCCUUGGGGCCACUUUGUGCCAGGCCCUGCAUGUUGCCCCCAGUGGACUUUUCAGGAACUGCACACCUGCUGAAGCUAAAGCAAGGUGAAGGUUACCAGCAGCUGCUGCGAGUCCUGCAGUCGACGGAAGCUGAGCAGACUAAACAGAGCAGUGUGGUUGAGCGUCUUCAGGAUCGUCUGAGCAGAGCCCAGGAGGAGAUCUCCUCCCUGCAGAGCUCCAUGGCCCAGAGAGCCUCCCACUACCAAAGCCUCCACACAGAACUGCUGGACAAAGUCAGCCAAGCCACUGACACAGAGAAAGAGUUGAAGAGAAAAAGUGCACGUGUAGCUGCGCUGGAGAAACAGUUACAGGAAAAAACUUCAGCCUACAGUCAAGCUGCACUGAAAAAUACUGAGCUUGAGAAUCAGCUACUGGAGAUGACCAGUAGUCUUCAACAUUACCAGUCACUGAUGAACAAAAAGCAAAGAGAGUAUCAACAGUCUUUGGACAAGUUUAAAAAAUCACAGUCUCAACAAUGCACGGAACAACAGCACAGAAUAAAAAUGUUGCAGUUGUCUAUAGAAGAGGCUCAGUCUCGGGCUUUGGAGAUGGAGCAGGAGCUUUGUUCACUCCAGAGGGAGCGAGACGAGGCUCAGAAAGCAGCUCUCUUGCUGCAGACCACUGUGGAACAGCUGACACAAGAGAAGCAGGUUGAAGUCAAACACAAUGAAGAGUUGAUGCAGAAUUUCAAACAGGAGGCAGCUCAGUCUGCCACCAAGGUGUGUGAGCUACAGUCGUCUCUGUCAGCGUGUAGAAAAGAACUGGCCUCAUACCUGCAGCAGAUGGAGGACGUAAAGACGAACUAUGAGAGUGAGCAGCAAAAGAACAAUGACAAGGUGUCUUCUCUGCAGGAGAAGCUCCACAGCACCAGCCUGGUUUGUCAGAGCUCCACUGAGCAGAACCUGCAGCUGCAGCUUUCUCUCCAGCAGCAGCAGACCAUGCUAACUGAGAGCACUACCCGCAUCUCUGAACUGGAGGAGAGCCAGAGCAAGCUGCAGAGACAGGUGUCCAGUCUAGAGCAGCAGCUGGAACGAGCCCGAGCCUCUCUGCAGAACGAGGUAAGGAACAGAGAGCAAGACGCCCAGGAGAAAGACAAGGACCUGCAGGAGAUCAACCAGCAAAACACUCAACUGUCUGUGUCUGUUACCCAUCUGACAAAAGAGAUGACAAAGUGUCGAGGGGAGCUGGUGUCUAAAGAGUCGGAGCUGCGGCGUCUGAGGAGGGAUGUCUCCGUCAAGACUCGCAUGGAGGAGAGCCUGCAACACAUGAAGAACCAGCUUGACAGCAAGAGUGACAUGGUCAUUGAUCUGGAGGAGAAGCUCCAUCGCUGCGAGGCAGACCGGCUCAACUGUGUCAAACGGGUCCAGGUCCUGGAGGGACAGCUGCAGGUGGUGCGGGGAGAGUUGGCUGAUACUCUAGAGCAGCUACAGAUACUCAAGGACAUUCUGCAGAGGACACAAACCAUCGCAGAUGAGCGGCAGGCUUCCGUAGAAAAACUGACUGUCCAACUUAGUGAGACACAGAGGGAGUUGGAAGAGAGAACUCAUGAGGUCUUAGACAUGGAUAAUGCACUGAAGGAGAGACAGGGGGAGCUCCAGCAGAGGGCACAGCUGCUGGGCCAGCUGGAUGUGGCGAUCAGAGAGCACAAGCAGGAGAUGGAGAAGAAGGUGGAGUCUCUGCAGCAGAGCCUUGAAACCAGAGAGAGAGAGCUGAGAGAUGCACAGAGGGAGCUCGUGGACAGAAACAUGAAGGAGUCCCAGGAGCUCGGCGAGCAGCUGCGUGUGUGUCAGAAGAAACUUCAGACUGUGCUACAGGAGCUUGAAGAAACGCAACAUCACUGUGAGGCUUUGACCAGACAGCUGGACGCCACCAAGCUGCAAACCAAGGAGAAGCAGGUCCGGCUGUGUGGUGUGGAGGAGGAGCUGGCUCAAAAAGAGGCGCGCUGGCAGCAGUCGGAGGCCAAGCUGCAGAGCAUGGUCACCUCUUUAGAGCUGGAGCUGGAGCUGGAGCGGGAGCAGCACAGCAAGGAGCUGGAGUCCCUGCAGCAGACUCGAGGUCAACUCCUCAAAGUCUCCGAGCAGAUCUCCUCCACCAUGCGCUCAACUCAAGAGCAACUCACUGCUAAGCUUCAGCAGAGCCAGACCCAGCUCGAACAAGCCACAGCCCUGCUGGACCAGACUAAGACGGAGUUGGAUCUCGCCCGCAACCAAGCCAGUCACCUCCAAACACAGUUAGACCAGAGCCGGAGCCAGCAGCUUCAGAGUAAAACCCAGCUGGAGCAAAGCAGAAUUCUGUAUGAGCAGGCCAGAACCCAGAACAGUGACCUCCAUGCCCAGCUGGAGCAGCUCAGCACCCAGUUAAAUCAAGCAAGAGUCCAGACUACCAAGCUCCAGACUCAGCUCCAGGCCUGUGAGAAGUCGAUGGAGACCUCCAAUGAGUCGGUGCUCAUCAAGGAGUCUGAGGUGACCCGUCUCCAAGCCAGGAUCUCCAGUCUGGAGCGAGCUGCUGACCGCCAGAAUCUUCACAAUCACACACUCUAUCUCCCAGCUCUGCACAAAUUCACACACUCCCCAGAGCAUUCCUCCUCUGCUCACUCCCCUCCAUCCUCCCCUGAGAAGCUUCAAACAACUGUCCACUCCCCAACAUGCACACGAAGUUGCUCAUCACCCCCCGCUCACACAUACCCUCAGCCCACCUCAGCCCCUCACCUAUCCGACAGCCACAAAACUGGCAGUUGGCUGCAGAGCAGUAGCAUCGACUCCUCCCUGGACCUCCCUCUGAGCCUGAAGGCAACACUGAGGGAGGCUUUGAGCAAGCCGCCGUGGGAGUCUUCCUCCUCCUCCGUCUCCCCUUUCCCAGACAAGAUGGACCACAGCUGGCAGAGCCCAAGCAUCAUGGACGCCACAGCAACCUCUGACCUCUCCUUCAACCCCCUCACAUACAUGUUGGGCACACAGGAUGACGGAAACCCCAACGUGGAGGCUACCUCGAUACAAGAGGGAGACAGUGAACCGUUGAGCGAGUCGAGGAGGGAGUCAGUGGGCACGCUGGUGGGGGAGGAGGAGGAGGUGGAUAUGAGUUCACUGACAGGGAUGCUGAGGUUUGUUAAUCAGACGUUAGCCAUGCAGGAGGACCCUUCUUUAUGGAGCUCCACAGGGUUAUCACAGACCUGACGCAGCCCCGCACUCCAGGUAAAAACACCACUCCUUGUCUCAUAA